AUGGCUAACUCGGCUUGUUCCACGUCCACUAUGGACCGCAUCGAAGUAGCCAUCGUGGAACUCACCGCUGCCCAAGACGCCAUUGCCACCAAAUUGGACAAACUUCUUCCGCUGUUGGCCCUUUUUGAGACCACUCAACACUCCUCAUCUUUUCCCUCUGCGAAGUCACCACCAUUAGCUGGAACCAUGCCGACUCCACUUCCCAUGGUAACCAGCCAACACUCCCUGCAAAUGACUACACCACCUAGGUCUCCUCCUUUUUCUCCUCCUCCUCCUAUUGAUGCAACAUCACAUUCCCCUCCUACCUUAAAGCGGACAAGAAAAGCCACAGGCUUGAGAUCAUUAGCUGCUACUAGACCAGUUGGGGCAGAGAGACCCCUGGUCCAUGUGGAUCCUACAACUGGGAAAGCCGACGCUGACAAGGACAGUGUCGAUGACAUUGUAUGCGAAAAGUAUGACAUUAACAAGGAGAAGUGGACCCAAUUUUGUCAGAGUCGCAGAGACCCUUUGUGGGAGGAUGUGCAAAAGAAGGCACAGGAUUCGUUGGAGGAUCAUGCCUCACAAGGUUCCUUUGUCGCCCAUGGACAUCAGGAUGUAUUGACUGUUGCCAUUGGGCGACAAGAACACCCUGGUCGUGUGCAUGCUGUUGGAGUUGGUCCUUCAGCUGCUCGUGUCAACAUAAAGGAGAGCUAUGUUUAUCCCUCAAGCAACGACCCAUACACGGGUGACUCAGAGAAAUACGGGUUAUACGUUGAAGAAAACCUUCCCCGCCUGGUUGCCCUAGGAAGACUUUAUGAGGGAUCCACAACCGUUCACAACAUGUCUUUGCGCCAUGAUCAACUCAAGGUUGGUGUUGAGGAAGUUAGAGAUGUAGAUGCUCUCAUUCCUAUACCCACUCAAAAGGGAGUUCUGGGACCAACGAAACCUAUAGAUAGGCCGGAUCAUGAUGUCGAUGAUCCUCUAUAUCUAAUGACAUUGACCAUCCCACAGCUUUUUCUAAAGCCGUUGCAGGUUAUGUGGGAUGCUAUCGUGUUUGGGAUGUUUAAUGACGACUUCCCCUUGCUAAUAAUGACUUGUGUUUUGAUUAUUGGUUUUGUUUCACCAUGUUUAUGUUUGAGGUCGAUGGUUGGAACCAAAAACACAUUUUAUAAUGUGAUGGACUUUGGUGCUCAUGGCAAUGGGAAAUCUGAUGAUUCUCAUGCAUUUUCAAGCGCAUGGCAACACACAUGUGGAACACAAGGGACAUCAACUCUAGUUAUACCACCAAAAGGAGUAUUCUUGGUGUCGAACAUAACCCUGAAAGGACCUUGCAAGGCCAGAAGUCUGGAUCCUUUGAUUUUGAUCUCAAACCUAAACGGUCUCACGAUUGAUGGAAGCGGAGGACAAAUCGAUGGCUUCGGUUCUACUUGGUGGAAAUGCAGAAGUUGUCUUCGACCAAGGGUCAUUAGUUUUGUAUCUUGCAAUGAUCUUACUGUUCGUAAACUGAGCAUCUCCAAUAGUCCAAGAGCUCACAUAACGAUUGAUGGUUGUAACGGUGCCAUAUUCUCUAAUAUCAAUAUUCAUGCUCCUAGGAACAGCCCCAACACUGAUGGAUUUGAUAUUGCUUUUUCCAAAAAUAUCUUGAUCGAAGAUUGUACUAUAGCAACUGGCGAUGAUUGUAUUGCCAUCAAUGGAGGCUCCUCAUACAUCAAUGCUACUGGAAUUGCUUGUGGUCCUGGCCAUGGAAUAAGCAUUGGCAGCCUGGGUAAACACAACGCUCAUGAAACAGUGGAAGAAAUUUAUGUAUACAAUUGCAGUUUCACCAAAACAACAAAUGGAGCAAGAAUCAAGACAGUUCCGGGUGGAACAGGUUAUGCAAAAAGAAUCACGUUUGAGAAAAUCAAAUUAAUACAGACUCGCAACCCAAUAAUUUUAGACCAAUUCUAUCAUAGUGUUCACUUAACGGUGACAUACCGUGGGUUUCAAGGAACAUCUGCGAAUGACAAAGCUAUUAACUUAGAUUGUGGCCCAUCAGGUUGUUUUAACAUUGUAUUGGAUCAAAUUGACAUUGUCUCUUCUGAUACAUCAAAACCGGCUCAUUGUUCAUGCAAUAAUGCCCAUGGAACAACUACAUCUACUGUUCCAAAUUGCUCUUGUCUAUUGAAAUGA